AUGUCGAGCACACCAACGGUCACCACCGGCACUCUGGGCCAAAUCGAGAUCCGCGUGCACAACUACUACUACACUGGCAUCGGCACGAUCUUUUUCUGCAUUCUCCUCCUUCUCCUCUCGUUGCUUUGUGGUGGCUGGUGUCUGUGCGCCGCCCGAAAUGUCAAUGGUAACCUUUGAAAAGGGAACGGUCUAGAAUAGAAGUUCAGAAGAGAGAAAAAUGAUUGAUCACUUGCAUCAAAUGGGUGAGGAGGAGGAUGAGACGGAGAUGAAGAAAAUGAAGAAGAAGAAGAAGAAGGAGGAGGAGAAGGGAUCCCGAUCGGACGCCGGUUCGGACAUGUCUUGUGUGAUUGAGGUGGAGAAGGAGAAGGAGAAGGAGCAGACGACAGGAGGAGGAGCACGGUAUUAUCUGACUGGGGUACAAAAGUACUUAGGAGCACGCCAAACAUUUUCUUUCAAUUUUUCAGUUGGCAAAAAGCUUGAUGUUUAUGAGAAACUGA